GCGUUCUGUUGUGUUCGAACCGUUGUCGAGGCGACAUCGCACGCCACUCGCGGGUUUAUCGACAUAAUACGGUCUAUGCUCGUGUCAGUGAAGUGCAGUGCAGUGUACCGAAAUGUUGAUGCAACUGUGAACAAAAAGUUACUAUAAUGGCACUGAAAAAGGAUUUCGAACUAAACAAGAAUAUAUUCAAGAGUGUAAAAAUCCAAAUACCAAAACCGACGAAGCUCCAACAGGCUAUAGAGAAACUGUUCAAAAAGAACAAUUACGAAAAAAUAGUGCAAAGUUAAUUUACACUAGUAGUUUUAGCAACGAUUCAGUAGAUUAAAUGGCCGGUGAAGUUUGUGCAAAUAUAAGUAGAAGUAGAAAAAAUAAACACAACACCGUACCGCCUGAUCGUAAUAAAUCGCCCAAUUUUAUAACAGAUGAAACAGAGUUUGUUGGCAGAGGAGACAUAGUGAGAUCUUCAACGCCUGUGAGACAUAGACGCAGUAGAAGCAGAAGCGGUAAUAGAAUAACGCCAUCAGUUUUGAGUUUGUCGGCUGAGAAUUUUUACGAAGAUUUGGAGGAAUACGUGAAACAGAUGUCUUCGGUUAGGGAUUCAAGUGCUGGCGUGGAGGGGAGCCAGGAUGUGGACGUGUGGACCCAGUUGCAGCAGAAGGAGUCAGAUUUACUCCUGGCCGCCGAACUGGGGAAGGCUCUGUUGGAGAAGAACGAGGAGUUGAAGAAGGAGCAAGAACGCGUCGCCGAGGAGUACUCUAAAAAACUUGAGGAGUUGGAGCAGGAGAAGCACCUACUUCGACGACGGCUCGACACAGCUCAGGGAGAAUAUGAAGCGAGACUCCUGGAACUACAGAAUGAUAUUAAGGAGCUCACCUCCAAGAUUGAUUCCAGGGACACCACUGUGAAACAGAGAGACGAGGAGAAAGCCAGCCUGAUCCAAGAGCUGACGGCUCAGAACUCACGGCUGACCGCUCAGCUGAAGGAGUCCUCGGCCACGGAAGCCCAGUUGAUGGCUCAGCUCGAGGGUCUGAGGGACCAGUGCUCCAUGAGGAAGACUAGCUUACAGGAUCAUGUGCACAGCCUGGAGUCUCUAAAAGCUGAACUGGCUCUAGUUAGCGACAAGAAGGCAGACCUGGAGCGGCGGUUGACGUCCUCCCUCCACGACAAGGACAACCUGAUGCAGCAGCUCGAUGAAGCCAAUGACAGGAUCUCUGCGCUUGAGAGGCAACUCAAAGAACAGGAACACCUGUAUCAAAACACACUAAAGGAGCUGGAACGCCUGCAGCGCUCCCACGACACUCUAGCCGAGCGCAUCGGCGCUCCUGACCCGGCCGACACGGCUGUUGCUGCCAGAUCUCUCCAUGCGGAGAUGGAAUCUGAACCAGAUGACCAGGACGACGGUUGGCUCAGAAGCGAAGCUGUACAGGUCUACAAGCAGCUGAGAGCGUUGGCAUUGCAAUUGAACACCGGCCAUGAUGACGAUUCAGGUCUACACUCAGACCUCUCCCUCACAUCCUUGGACGGGGAGGAAGGCGAGACUCUCCGUCGAGGAGCCUUGGCCGCUGCCUGCGCGGACGCAGUCGCCGCUUACGCCACUCUAGAAGGUUCUAGAGUCAGGGACUCCAUCGCCGCUCAUGCUCGCCGCGCGUUGGAGAGAGAGAGACAGAUUGAUGAGAAGAACGAGCUUAUUGCUGAGCUGUCUUCUAAGCUCUCAGUGGCAGAAGUGGAACUCCGCGCGGCAGCUGAGGAGCGUGACAAGCUGCUCAAUGAUGCUAACUACGGUAGCCUCCAGAAUGACGAGGCGGUGGCUCGGGCCAGGCAGGAGCGAGACGAGGCGAUUGAGAGGAAGAAAGUCGCUGAGGUGGCCCUGGCGAAGACACGUGUGGAGCUGAUGCAAGCUAACAGCCAGCUGUACGAGGCUGUCCGGCAGAAGGUGGACCUUGGACAACAGCUGGAGCAGUGGCAGAUGGACAUGCAAGAGUUGAUCGACGAGCAAAUGAAACACAAGCUGACCACUGAAAAGAGGAGGAAGCUACCCGAGCCUCCCGCGCCGACCAGAACCGCAAGAAUCCUUGGAUUUUUUCAGCGGUGAUCUGCUGUACCCAACUCUUGGUUCGCCUACUCUGUGACGCCAUAAACAAAACUACCGUAUCAACAGUUUAUUUCCUAAUUUUAAAACAUUACGACCCGUUCAUAUCCUCGGCUGCCUACACUUUGUUCCUUAUUUCGAAUACAAAUUAUUAUUCUAUCCCAGCGUCCGCCAUUUUGGUUUUCAAUACGGACGCGUUCGAUGCGGCAGCUGUUUUAGGAUACGUGCUUAUUUUAUUUUUUAAACCGUGUGAUGUUUACACGUUUGCAGUGAUAGUUAGUAUUUUAAUUAGAUUGUUAAUUGUAACUGUACGUUUUAUUUUAACUUUACUGAGCUUAUUUUAGUGAUCACACAUUAAAAUUACGUUUGAACAAUCUAAGGAAUUUUAUACAUCAAAAUUAUCACGAUUUGCUAAAAAAUUAUGGAUUGGUUAGAGCGAUUUGGUACAACAGAAAAUUUAACGGACACUGCACAUAGCCAAGAGAACUGCCAUCGUUUACAAGUCCGAGUUAAUUGUUAAGUAAAAUAUUUUUACACGAAUAUACUCAAAACUAGUUGAGAUAAAAAUAACUUUUUUAAAUAAUGAAGCGAGACACGAUAAGAAAAUCGAAUUAUUAUAUACAAUUUUGUAACAUUCGUUCAUUGCCAUUUUGUUUAACCGUUGUCUAACUAACCUCUCCACUCCAUGGCUUUUUUAAUUUUGUAUAUAACACUUUAAUGGUAAGAAAUGAGAUUACUUUUAAUGGUUUAGUUAAGUUAAAAGAAAUUCACUAGGAUGUGAAUGUUUUGGUGCACCGAAUAGAUUUACAUUAUGUAACUAAUAUUACAAUCAAUAAUAUGAUUUAAUAGCCAUAUUAUCGUCCAUCAAAUAUAAUUAUGAUCUGCAUCAAUAUUAGAAAUAUUAACCUAGUUUGUUUACAAUAUCAUUCAAAAAUUGUAAUUAUUUUAAAAAUGAAUUUAUUUGAAUAUUUUUUGCAAUAUAUGUCGGUGCCUUAUCUAUUUGGAGGCCUUUUCAAGUGCCUUAGUGUCAAUUUAGUACAUGAUAGAGAGAUUAAUUUAAUACCAUUAUUGUCAGUAUUAAUUUCCUUAAUACGAAUAGUUCGAACGACCUCACAUCAAACGGUGUACCGUUUUUCAGCAAUAGGUAGCUAUUUGCAUUUCGUCAUUGUGCAUUUUUGUCACAAUUCUCAUAUCCUAAGUUAGUUUAGUGUUGCUAAUGAAUUGGUAGUAGUUGUUGAUAAAUAAUACAACAUAUGAUGUUGGUGUUCCAGGAUCAUAAUAUCAUGAGACGAAAAUCUGCAGUGACGAAGUGCAACCAAUAAACAUGCCUUUAAAUAAAAAGUUUUUUUUUUCUUUCUAAUCGGGUUAGGUAAUUAUAAAUCUACAGCUGUACAUAAAUUCAAAUUACUAUUUAGUCGAGGUUAUACAUAUGCUUGCAGGUAUAUAUAUAGGUACCUACUACAAAUGCAAUUAUUAAAUUUAAGAAUAUUAUUAUUUUACUUAUGAUAUAUUUCUAAAGCUCUGCGCAAAUCAGAUUAACAAUAACAAUGUUACAAAACAAGACGAAUGUUUAAUUGAAAUAAAUGUUUUUAACAGUUGAUAUCAAUGUUUAUUAUCUAUGAUCGAGUACUUGUUUUAACUGAUAUUAUUUUAAUUGUUCUAACACAGAAAUUAUAAAUAAAAUACAGCAAAAAAUCACAUAUUAACAGAAAAUUCAAUUAAAUUUUUGGGCAAUUAUAAAACAAUUUGCUUCAGAGCUUUAGAUAAAAGGUAACGGCACGGCAAACCCCUACUUAAUUAUACUAUAAUUAAAAUACAUAAAACAUAAAUACUGUACUUAAAAAGACAUUGAAUAUUUUUUAUUAAUUUAUUUAUUAAGACUGAGAUAAUUAUUGAAUUAUAAAGGUAUUAGUUUACAUUUUACUUUUUCUGCUAUUUUAUUGUACCUAUUCUUUGAAUUUGAAAUUAUUUUUACAUUAAGACAAUUAUAAUAUUUUUGCUUUUUAAAAAUAAACACAAAAAUGUGUGACCAAAUGACACUUAUAGCUAUAACCAGAUGUUGCCACAAGUUUUGAUAAAAAAACAAUUAUUGAAAUUCGGUCGUGAUAACAAAUAACAAAUGGAUAUUGUUUGGAUAAUUGCUAAAUACUGGAUAUAUUUUUUACAGAAUCUGAAAACUAAUAUAUAUAUAUAUAUAUAGAAUUAUGAAACAAAUGGCAGAAAAAGUUAUAUGUAUAUUUUGGUCUGUAACAUUAAUGUCAAUAUAAUAUUAUUUUGUAUGUAGCACAAAAUAUUACUAUGGCGAGUUGAACUUCUUUGUCAUUCCAACUUUAUUUUUAACUAAGAAUUUCGAGCUUGUUAUGUUGUGUGUUUUUGAAUUAGGUACGAAAUUUGGAUUUCGGUAUUUUUCAAUGCAUUGCUUGGCGCAUUAUCGCCAUUCACUUGCUAAGAAAAACCAGCAAUGUACGUCGUAACCGCCGAACAUCGGCGAACUGUUUGCCGAUGUAUAGCCGGCUGGGAAAGACAACAUGCAAUAUCAUGACAUGACAUACACACUAUCGUCGAACUCAGACAGAUACCGACGUGAAUGCACAAACAUUGUAUAAAACAGCGUUUAUUUACCGCAAUGAAUAACCAGCAAUGUAUACAGAAUCCGUCAAUGUUUAGAGAACUUUUUCGCGAUAAUGUAUAGCCAGAAUUAAAAUAUCUACUGGUUAUAUACAGCGGCUUCCUUUCCUUUGGGAAUUCUUAGAUUUCCCAUACACGAAAAUCAUUUUCUGGCCCGUACAAAAAUCAGAUCAAUAGUCCCAUAUAAUCCUAAUUAAGAUUAUAAGGGCUAAAGUAAGUUUGUUUAAAUUGGAUUUGUUAUUACUUAAAUGUCACACAUGCUUUUUUAAACUUAUUUUUGAAAAUAAUAAUGAGAUGAAAAAAUUCUGGAAACUGCGGGAAUUGAACCCGCGCCCCUGUCUAUUCGGGACAGUGCUCUUGACCACUAAGCUAUCGAGACCAUGCCAGUUCGGCUGAAUUAAUUCACUUACGCCGACGUACAGUAUUUUCAUUUAGAUAUUUAGUUCUAACUAUCAAAUAUCUAUAUUUUUUAAUCUUAUUAUUAUUUUUAAAAGUAAGUUUGUUUUUUAUCUUUUCACACUUUAUCUAUGGAAGGAAGACAGACGGAGAUGGAAGCUGCUCCACCGACAUUCUUGUCGGUCAUUAUCUAAAAUAGCAUCAAAAAAUUGCAACGUAACAGGUUCAAGAUAUUCUAAAGCAUUGUCAUCCUCCGUUAUGUAGCGGUAAUCAGCACUUCUCAUGUACUUAAUCGUAACUAAUGUAACUUUGUGACUAGUUCUACAGUUUAGUUUGUUUGUGGCAUAAAUAAAUGUCAAUUUUAUCCAUACAA